AUGCCUGAAGCUCCACAUUUGCGAGUGUCCAAGAAAUCAAAAGUUUCAGCGACUGUUGCUGUGUGUUCAGCACUUGUGGUUUUUCUCUAUCUCUUUGCCAUCACUAACACAUUGUCCAGAAUAACUACAAGUUCAACAAGGAUUCAAGAACAGAAAUGGAGUUGGGAGAGCCCAGAGUCCACACGGGCAAUCAGCUGUGACCGUACUCAUUUUGAAUAUGACAUGUGCUAUCUCAAGCAUCCAACCAUCAUGGAUCCAACGUCUGCAAUUUUUUUCACAGAGGACCCCACUAACUCGACCCCACAAUUGAUGGAGAAGAUCCGUCCUUUUCCUCGUAACUUUAAACACACACCGAUUAAUGUCGUGAGGCAGCUCACUCUCACCACAGCCCCACCCAAUGUUUCUUGUGCGGUCACACACACUAGUCCAGCCCUAGUAUUCAAUGCAGGAGGUGACUGGACCACAAAUUACUACCAUAGCUUCAACGAAAUCUUCAUUCCGCUCUUCAUCACCGUUGAUACAUUCUUCCCCGAUCAUGAUUUCGUCAUUGGGAUCUUCAACUGUAGUCAUGGGUGGGUCCACCACUACAACGACAUAUUAUCAACCUACACCCGCCACCAGAUCAUCGACUUCAACCAAGAAACAGCUACCCAUUGCUUCCCAUCAGCAAUCGUAGGACUCAUAUCGCACGGUGCCUCAACCGUGGACCCCACAUUACAACGUAGACCCCAUCCCAAGUCUCUGCUUGAUUUUCGUGCCUUUUUGACAGCUAAAUACUCCCAAAGCCACCAUGCACCACCACCACCCUGGACCUCGAAAGGAAAACCCAGGCUUGUGUUUCUGAACCGCAAUGGCACCCGCGGGAUCCUCAACGUGGACAACAUCAGGCGGGCUGCGGAGGACACGGGGUUCGAGGUGUUUAUUUUCGAGCCCAGCAGAGAGUCCUCAAUGCAUGAAGCUUUUAGGGUCAUCGAUAGUAGCCAUGCAAUGAUAGCAGUGCAUGGCGCUGGACUAACCAACAUGGUGUUCCAGCGGCCUGGUUCGGUGUUGAUGCAGAUGGUGCCAGCGGAGUGCUACUGGUUGGCGAGCCUAUGCUACGGAAAAAUGGCAGUUCGGUUUGGAUUAGAGUAUAUAGUUUACAACAUUGACCAGGAUGAGACUGUAUCUGAAUGGGACAAAACUAGAGGUGUUGUUCCUCUGGAGAACUGGAUAAAUAACAAGGAAGGCUUACAAUUCAAGUUAGACUUAGUUAAGGUUAAGAGGCAUCUAAAGAGAGUUUAUGAGAGAGCUAAGAAAUUCAUGCACAAAGAAAGUUUAAGUAGUAGUUAUAAAAUAAAGCUAAGCUGGGGACAAAAGUAA